GGAGGCUGGCGGCCAUUUUCUCGUAGACCAGUCCGGCAGCGGCAAUGAAAGGGGACGCUACCAUCAGAUGCCGACUCCCCCUAGUUUUGACUCUUGGUGGGAGAUACCGGCCGGUCUCCAUGUGGUUCAGCAUGGGGUGUCGUUAUAUUCAUUGGUGCUUUACUGCACGUCACACACUUACCUGUCACCCGUGUGUAUGAGGGAGACUGAGCAGAACCUGGAACCUCAUCAUUGUGUCUCCACCUCACCAACAAGAUCAUUCAGCUGCUGACUGGAGAGGAGGGGGAGUAUAUAGAGGAACACAGGGGUCUGUACAAGGACGUGAUGAUGGAGAAUCACCGGCCCCUCACAUCACUGGAUGGACCCAGUAACAGAGAUACCCCAGAGAGAUGUCCCCGUCCUCUGUAUUCCCAGGAUUGUACAGAGGAGAAUCGCAGGAUCCCACAGGAGGAUCAGAAUUUAAUUGAUAUGAAGGCGGAAGAUACAGAGGGAGAAGAGGAGACGUAUGUGACUGAUAUGAAAGCAGAAGAUAUAGAUGGAGAAGAAGAGACGUACGUGGCUGAUAUGAAAGCAGAAGAUACAGAGGGAGAAGAAGAGACGUAUGUGACUGAUAUGAAGGCAGAAGAUAUAGAGGGAGAAGAAGAGACGUAUGUGACUGAUAUAAAGGCAGAAGAUACAGAGGGAGAAGAAGAGACGUAUGUGACUGAUAUAAAGGCAGAAGAUACAGAGGGAGAAGAGGAGACGUAUGUGACUGAUAUGAAGGCAGAAGAUAUAGAGGGAGAAGAAGAGACGUAUGUGACUGAUAUGAAGGCAGAAGAUAUAGAGGGAGAAGAAGAGACGUAUGUGACUGAUAUGAAGGCAGAAGAUAUAGAGAGAGAAGAAGAGACGUAUGUGACUGAUAUGAAGGCAGAAGAUAUAGAGGGAGAAGAAGAGACGUAUGUGACUGAUAUGAAGGCAGAAGAUACAGAGGAAGAAGAAGAGACGCAUGUGACUGAUAUGAAGACAGAAGAUACAGAGGGAGAAGAAGAGACGUAUGUGACUGAUAUGAAGGCAGAAGAUACAGAGAGAGAAGAAGAGACAUAUGUGACUGAUAUGAAGGUAGAAGAUAUAGAGGGAGAAGAAGAGACGUAUGUGACUGAUAUAAAGGCAGAAGAUACAGAGGGAGAAGAAGAGACGUAUGUGACUGAUAUGAAGGCAGAAGAUAUAGAGGGAGAAGAAGAGACUUAUGUGAGGGGUGAUCAGCAGUGUAAGGAGGAGGAAAUCCCUACAGAUAUAAGCACAGGAGAUGGACAUAACAGCAGGAACAUUUCAAAGGAAAAUCUAAUUGUAUCUCCAGAUUGUGAAAUAGAAGAUGACAUAAAACAAGAUUCUCUGGGAGGAAACCCCAUUACCACAAUUCUACAUCCAGUAUCUCAUAGUGCAGAUGUAUCACCUGAUCCCGCUAAUACUGAGGAAGGUUCUCCUGGUGUAACUAUUACAGCUCUUAGAGUAGAUAAAAUGUUUCCAUCUUCUAUAGAUGCCAAAUGUUUUACAGCAAAUGCAAAGCUUAUUACCUAUCAGUCAGCUAAGGAAUGUGAGAGACCAUUUCCAUGUUCUGAGUGUGGGAAAUGUUUUACAUGUAAAUCACAUCUUGUUACACAUCAGAGAUGUCACACAGGUGAGAGGCCAUUUCCGUGUUCUGAGUGUGGGAAAUGUUUUACACGGAAAUCACAUCUUGUUCAUCAUUAUAGAAAUCACACAGGUGAGAAACCAUUUCCAUGUUCUGACUGUGGGAAAUGUUUUACAGACAAAUCACAUCUUUUAACACAUCAAAGAAGUCACACAGGUGAGAAGCCAUUUUUCUGCUCUGAGUGUGGGAAAUGUUAUACACAAAAAUCAGAUCUUGUUAAUCAUCAGAGAACUCACACAGGUGAGAGGCCAUUUCCAUGUUCUGAGUGUGGGAAAUGUUUUACACACAAAUCAGCUCUUGCUACACAUCAGAGACGCCACACAGGUGAGAAACCAUUUCCAUGUUCUGAGUGUGGGAAAUGUUUUACACAAAAAUCAAAACUUGUUGCACAUCAAAAAAGUCACAAAGGUGAGAAACCAUUUCCAUGUUCUGAAUGUGGGAAACGUUUUACACAGAAAUCAUAUCUUGUUAUACAUCAGAGAAUUCACACAGGUGAGAAACUAUUUCCAUGUUCUGAGUGUGGGAAAUGUUUUAUACAGAAAUUACAUCUUGUUUCACAUCAGAGAAAUCACACAGGUGAAAAACCAUUUCCUUGUUCUGAGUGUGGGAAAUGUUUUACACUGAAAUCACAUCUUGUUUCACAUCAGAGAAAUCACACAGGUGAGAGGCCAUUUCCAUGUUCUGAGUGUGGAAAAUGUUUUACACAGAACUCAAUUCUUGUUGAGCAUCAGAGAAUACACACAGGCGAGAAGCCAUUUCCUUGCUCUGAGUGUGGGAAAUGUUUUGCACGGAAAUCACAUCUUGUUAUACAUCAGAGAAAUCAUACAGGAGAGACACCUUUUCCAUGUUCUGAGUGUGGGAAAUGUUUUGCACAGAAAUCAGAGCUUGUUACACAUCAUAGACGUCACACCGGUGAGAAACCAUUUCCAUGUUCUGAGUGUGGGAAAUGUUUUACACAGAAAUCAGGUCUUGUGCAACAUUAUAGAACUCACACAGGUGAGAAACCGUUUCCAUGUUCUCAGUGUGGGAAAUGUUUUACAGACAAAUCACAUCUUGAUACACAUCAGAGAAGUCACACAGGGGAGAGGCCAUUUCCAUGCUCUGAGUGUGAGAAAUGUUAUGCACAAAAAUCAGAUCUUGUUAAUCAUCAGAGAACUCACACAGGCGAGAAGCCAUUUCCAUGUUCUGAUUGUGGGAAAUGUUUUACACACAAAUCAGCUCUUGCUAGUCAUCAGAAAAGUCACACAGGUGAAAAACCAUAUCCAUGCCUUGAGUGUGGGAAAUGUUUUACACAGAAAUCCGUUCUUGCUAGACAUCAUAAAAGUCACACAGGUGACAAACCAUUUCCGUGUUCUGAGUGUGGGAAAUGUUUUACACAGAAAACACAUCUUGUUUCACAUCAGAAAAGUCACACAGGUGAGAAGCCGUUUUCAUGUUUUGAAUGUGGAAAAUGUUUUACACUUAAAUCAAUUCUUAUUGAGCAUCAAAGAAAUCACACAGGUGAGAAACCAUUUUCCUGCUCUGAGUGUGGUAAAUGUUUUACACGGAAAUCAAAUCUUGUUACACAUCAAAAAACUCACACAGGUGAGAAACCAUUUUCAUGUUCUGAAUGCAGAAAAUGUUUUACACUGAAAUCAGUUCUUGUUGAGCAUCAGAGAAUUCACACAGGUGAGAAACCAUUUCCUUGCUCUGAGUGUGGAAAAUGUUUUACACGGAAAUCACAUCUCGUUUCACAUCAGAAAAGUCACACAGGUGAGAAACCAUUUCCAUGCUCCGAGUGAGAAAAAUGUUUUACAGAUAAAGCAGCUUAGACAUCAGAGAUGUCACACAGAUUAGCUAUGCUCGUGUUUAUUGUUGGAGGGAUCCACAAGAUGAGGUCACCUAGUCGCGUUUGAUGGGCCCAUAUUUUUGGACAAAAUUGUGCUAAGCAACUCAAAUUUAUACCAAUGUUAUAUUGCUGUUUAUUACAAUUAUUCUGAUUAGCAGUGUUUAGUACUUAGGGUGUGCACUAUUUUCAUUUUCCCCUGCUUUAUGGUGGGAACUCUAGGAACAUGCUGUGUGGGGAGCAUCUGAGGAUUGAAAGAAGUGUAUCUUGUGUUGGCAGAGCCAUGCUCCUUUGUCUACCCACAGUGUAGACCACAAAGUUGGGUAUGAGUCUCAACAGUUAUCUAAGGAAUCUAUAUUUUCUUUGGGUUCCAUCGAGCUCCACAGGUAUAAUAUCAGGGGGUCCUAGGUGGAAGGAUCAGCUCCUGGGCACCAUACAGUUAAGCCUUUUCAGAUAUCUCAGUAUGCUCCAGUCCCCCUCCCUAUAGCCCUCCCCCUUUUUCAGGCAGGUCAGUUUUCUUAUGGUGCCAGCAUGAAGCUGGCUGCACCUCUUACAGGAGUCUGCACUUUGCAGCCCCAUAAAGCUUUUUCAUAGUGUCUUAUUUUUCUACUUUUUACACUGAGCCUGUCGGCACUGGAUGUCUGUGACACUUCAGCACUGCAGGCUCCAACAGUCCCCACCGGUGCCCAAACUCCCGCAUGGCCACUGCCUCAGAUGGGUACUUGUGGCUGGGUCCACAACUUACGACUUACACCGCUGCUGAUGGGCAUCCCCUGGACUGCAAGGAUGGCAAUCAGGGAGCAGGAAGUGCUCCCGGUCUCUGGGAGUUGCGACAAAAUUGUGGUCCGCCAUGCGUAUUGGUAGAUGCCAAUGCUGGCUGUGGACACUGACCCACGAUCAGGGACUCCACUAGACCACCAAGCAUAUAGAGGCACAGGUAAUAUCCUUUUACAGGGCCCCUUAGUACCGCUGGUUGACAUGCCAGCACAGAGGAAGCGACCGUGUUACUGUCAUAUAGAUUGUGCUCUGCAGGCUUAAUGGUGCAGGAUGUAGUACAGGAUGGGCUCUGUCCAGGUCACAUCCCCAGCACCUACUCAGGAGCCCCCAUGGGCUUUCUCUGUUACUGGGUACCUUGGUGGAACUGUAAAUGCCUCCUAUGGGACCCCCCCCCCCCCCCCAUGUUAGCACCAGCUAAUGUCUCUAUGGCUAAUCCACCUUGGUGAAUACACUAUAUUCUACCAUGCAGACCCUGGCCCAAACAUCUCUGGCACUACAAAAGAUGUUGCCUGGGACCAAACCAUCCCCUACUAGGACCUCUUUCUCACAGUCUACUGCCAUAUCUGACUCAAGACGUCUGCUGAGGAAGGGGAGGAUUCAUGGUCUGUCACUGAUUCUUGCAUAUGAUUCUCCCAACACUGAAGGUGGCACCCUUAAUUGAGGCUAUUAGGUAUGUCCUUUAACUCACUGAGGAUGAACCUGAGCCAGUCGCUAAGAAAAUAGACGUUUUCACCAACAAAAAGUUGUGAAAUCUGAAUUUCCCCAGAUCACCUCAUUGAAAUUAGAAACCCUAGAAAACUCUGGUUAAGUAGUUUCCCGUGUCAAGAUGUUUUGCUUCCCAUUACCCUAUUCCUGCAGAGGAUUGUGCUAGGUGGAUGGCUACCCCUCCGGUAGAUUCACAUAUUGCACGUCUAGUUAAGAUGUCCAUUCUGCCUGUCACUAUUUUCCCUGAAAGAGCCCACAGAUAGAUGAAUCGAAUAUUGCCUUAAGUCUAUUUUCUCUCUCACGUACACUAUAAAUAGACCCACCGUGGCAGCCUCCUGGGCUGCAAAAGCCACUGAAUCAUGGUUACAGGCCCUAGAGCAAGAAUUACCCUCAGACAUAUCUGAAGACUGCAUGUUAUAUUUGACCCUUAUGCGACAAGCAGCUGCUUACAUACGCAAGACCUUAUCUUAUGCCGGUGUGUUAGCAGCUAAGGCAUCUACCACCUCUAUACUGGCACGACAGAUUCUCUGACUCCAUUCCUGUAAGGCUGACAUUGAUUCCAAGAAAACUUUGGAAUUUCUCCCAUUUACUGGUGAAGUGUAGUUUGGCGCUGAAUUGGACAAAAUUGUCACUGCACUGGCUGCAGCUAAGACAGCUUUUCUUCCAUCCACACCGACUCCACGUGUUAGGAGUUCUACUUUUCGUACCUUUCAUCCUCAAGGAAGGCAAAUUGACAAGCUUUCACCAGACAAGCUUCUGCCACCAAGGCUAAGCAGCCAUGAGCUGCACGUCAACCUUCAGCAAAAACGGAGAAGCCUGCAGCCGUGAAGGGGCUGGCCACCUCCUGGAGGACCCCAGUGAGGGAGGCUAACUUCUUCACGGACAUCUGGUUGCAAAAAGUGGUCUCUCACAGGUAUCUCAUUCAAGAGACGC